AUGCAUAAAGCCCUCUUCAGACUUGGGAGUCGUGGCCUUGAACAGAACAGAGAAAGUCAUCCUUGUGAAGCUUCCAUUCUGGUGGGGAAGCCAGACAAUCAACAAGGAAUUAAAUGUGAUGAAAGGAGUAUUGACAGCAGGGAUCCUUGUCUGAUUCCUCAUUUGAUAGUGACCAUCGUUUUUUUUCUAGAUGUCUCUACCUUAGUUGGAAGAUGUCCCAGUCUUGUCCACCUAGACUUAAGCGAUAGUGUCAUGCUGAAAAGUGACUGCUUUCCGGAAUUUUUCCAGCUCAACUACCUCCAACACCUAUCACUCAGUCGGUGCUAUGACAUAAUACCUGAAACUUUACUUGAACUCGGAGAAAUUCCCACACUAAAAACACUACAAGUCUUUGGAAUCGUGCCAGACAGUACCCUUCAACUAUUAAAGGAAGCCCUUCCUCAUCUACAAAUUAAUUGUUCCCCUUUCACCACCAUCGCCAGGCCAACCACAGGCAACAAAAAGAACCAGGAGAUAUGGGGCAUCAGAUGCCGACUGACACUGCAGAAGCCCAGUUGUCUAUGAAGUUAUCUAUUGCAGGAUGGUGUCUCCUCUUUUCUUUGAACAGGGAAAGUAGGCAGGAAGCCCAAUUGUGGAGAGCUCAGCUAUUUUUAUUCUUGGUUUUCUCUUGCCUUCAUUCUCCAAGUAUAUUAGAGAACCGUUGGAGGGAGAAAGCUAUGAAGUGUUGCUUUUGAAAAAUGACUAUGAAAGCUUUUAUCACUGCUAUAUCCUUAAGAGCCUAAGCUGUAUGCCUUUUGAAAUUUUAGGAGAGUGAGCCUAUAAUUUCAAGAUACCUUAAAGAGCAAACUUUGAGCCACCUCUUCCAAGUGCCCUUCUUAUUAAAUCUAUUUAGAAUCAAGCUUAAAAAUCACCAUCAGCAAAUCAUUUUCAUAGCCUAUAUGGCAAUUGAACUUUCUUCUAUUUAAUUUUUCAGUACUGCUUUAUAAGACGUAGGUUGCAAAAAAUAAUAAGCUAUUUGUAUUGUAAGCUGAACAGAAUGAGAAACAUAGAUUUGCGGCAGUCUGCUGAGGAUAGAAAGAAAAAUACACAUUUCAGCUUUGCCUUUAGAUUUGCAAUUAGGUAUACGGAAACAAAGAGCCCCAGGUCAUUCACCUUAAAACCUAAAUAAAAAAACAACCGGCCAACCAGAGGUAUAGAAUUAGUUAGAAUUUACAGGCUCAAGAGGCAAUUUUCUAUGACAGGUUAACCUGGGGGAUCCUCUAAUGCACAUUAAUGAAGUCUCCUUUAUGUACUGUGUUCCCAGCAUUCUCAAUUAGCUGAGGAAAUUUAAUUGUGGACUUCUGACUUUAUGAUCAAAUUAUGUUCACAUAGGUUCUUUAGCUUUUAAAGUGACAUGCUUUGUUUUAGAAAGGUGGUAGGAACCAGUCAGUCUCUAAUUCUUAAAAUGGAUGGAAUGCUGAACUGAGUUUACCUGUUGUUUUCCUUUAUCACUGAGGUUCUUGAGUUAGUUUUGUAUUACUCUGGAAUCAAGUAUUUUAAAUUAUCCUUUUUCUUUUAAAUGGCCUCCCACAAUGAUUGAAACAACCCAUUUUAUAAGGUUACUGGACCGAGAGUUCCCUAAGAAGAACCGCAUGUUCCUUUCAAUCAGAAAUACACAGCAGAAGCACGUGUAUGUUCCACGCAGUUUCAGAGCAGUUAGCAUAGCUGGCACCUGCAUAAACGUUAAGGCUCAGGUGUUGAACCUUUUGAUGGCAUCAGUGAUUUUUUUUUUUUUUAAUGAUACAUGGAAGCAAAAGGAUUAAAUUCUACUUUAAAAAACACAAAACACUAAUUUCUUAUUUAAAUUGAUGACCUCCCCAUAUGUUCAAAAUGGAACAAAAAGCCCAAACUCAUCAUUUCUAUUAACAUUGCUUUUUCUAAAUCAGAUUUUUCAAAUGUUAGAAACAAUGGUAUGAAGUGCCCUUAUCUGCUCAGACCUAAGGAAGAACAUUUUAAAGUAGUGUUAUACAGGAAAUGAUUAGGUUUCAAUUCCAUAGUAGUUAAAAUGUGCUAAAUACUACUUGAAAUUAUUGUUUACAGAUUAGUGACAAGGGCUGGAGGUAGGAUCCGGUUGGCCUCUGACUUCCGGAUGCCCUCAGACAUACAGUACUUCCAAACUCAAGUCCAGCCGUAAGCUACUUUGCUAACAUGUCAGAGUAAUCUGUAUUUUUGUAUGGGAUUUCUACUU